AGGUCUUUGUUAAAUCCCAGGUAUACUUUAUCUGGUAACAAUGUGGUACUUACAGAUUUCCAUUGUCACCCUUCCAGAUUCCUGCCUUGUCAGAUCCCCUGCUUCAUCCCUGAGCCCAGUCAUCAUGCCUAGGGGUCAAAAGAGUAAGAGCCGCUCCCGUGCAAAACGACAACAGGCACGCAGUGAGCUCCAGGGUCUCCCAGAAGUUCACACUGGAAAAGAAGCUGCAUGUCCUCCUGUUGACCAGAGUGAUGGCUCCAGGUUCCCUGAUGUUUGUGCUCUACAGGAGCUAAAACCCCCUGGAUCUCGCAGGGCAGAUGUGUCCUGCACAGGCUCUGGUGUGGGUGUUAGGAAUGCUGUUGUUCUUGCUGAUAAGCAAACUUCAGGUGCAAUUCAGACAGUGACCUCUAUUCAGCACACAUUUAAGGAACCGAUCAUGCGGAAGGCUAGUGUACUAAUAGAAUUCCUGCUGGAUAAGUUUAAGAUGAAAGAGGCAGUUACACGGAGUGAAAUGCUGGCAAUAGUAAACAAGAAGUAUAAAGAACAGUUCCCUGAGAUCCUCCGUAGAACCUCUGCACGCCUAGAGCUAGUCUUUGGUCUUGAGUUGAAGGAAAUAGAUCCCAACACUCAGUCCUAUAUGGUGGUGGGUAAACUGGGUCUCUCCACUGAGGGAAGUCUGAGUAGCAAUUGGGGGUUGCCCAGGACAGGUCUCCUGAUGUCUGUCCUGGGUGUGAUCUUCAUGAAGGGCAAUCGUGCCACUGAACAAGAAGUCUGGCAGUUUCUGAAUGGAGUAGGGGUAUAUGCUGGAAAGAAGCACUUAAUCUUUGGGGAGCCCCAAGAGUUCAUAAACAAAGAUCUAGUGCAGGAAAAUUACCUGGAGUACCGCCAAAUUCCUGGCAGUGAUCCUCCAUGCUAUGAGUUCCUGUGGGGACCCAGAGCCCAUGCUGAAACCACCAAGAUGAAAGUUCUGGAAGUUUUAGCUAAGGUCAGUGGCACUGUCCCUAGUGCCUUCCCUAAUCUCUACCAGUUGGCUCUUAGAGAUCAGGUAGGGGGAAUAAGAAGGAGAGGUCAAGGAAGGGCUGGCACCAUUGUCAAAGCCAGGAUACAAUCCAAGACUCCAUCCUACAAGUAG